CGUACAUCGAGCAAACAACAAAAGGUAGGGAAAAAGCGAGCGACGCCCCGCUGCGGAUGGAUUCGAUGAACAAGUCCAAUUGAAUUAGUCCAUCGUGUAGAAUAAUCUCAACAUAUUGAUAAGGAGUUUGCUUCUUAGGUUAGGCGAGAAAGAGGGAGAAGGAUCUUAUACGCGUGUAUGCCGUGCUGAGUCGAGUUCCGUGGCCGUCAUUUCCUUGUACCUAAAAAAAAAUCCACAUGAAUCCAUGAGAGAAACCUCGAAGGACCCAGAUUCAUGGGACCGACAGUACAACAUGAAGAGCUCCCACCCUUACUCUCUCCCAAAGCUCAUCACCUUCUUCUUCGCCUUCUUCUCUCUCUCUUACUUCCUUUACUCCCUCCAAUUCCUCUACUCUGCUCAUUCCUCCUCCUCCUCCUGUGAUACUUCUCAUAUUGAUAAUUCCGAUCACCACCACCAAGCACAAGCACAAGCACAAGCACUCUCUCCGCCUCCAACCCCAACGGCCCUCCACCACAUCGUUUUCGGCAUAGCCUCCUCGGCCAAACUAUGGCACCACCGCAAGGACUACCUCAAGAUCUGGUGGCAACCGGACCGGAUGCGUGGCGUCGUGUGGCUCGACGAGCCGCCGCCCCGACGCGACGCCGCGGGUGGCCAGGACGACUCGACCCUCUUGCCACCCGUGAAGAUCUCGAGCGACACGUCGGGGUUCAGGUACAAGAACCCCAAGGGCGACCACUCCGCCGUGCGGAUCUCCCGCGUGGUCUCCGAGACCUUCCGGCUGCUGGACGGCGAAGAGGUGAGGUGGCUUGUGAUGGGGGACGACGACACCGUCUUCGUGGCGGAGAACCUGGUGAGGGUGCUGUCCAAAUACGAUCAUAAUCAGUAUUACUACAUCGGGAGCUGGUCGGAGAGCCACCUGCAGAACAUAUACUUCUCAUACAACAUGGGGUACGGCGGCGGUGGGUUCGCCAUCAGCUACGCGCUGGCGAGAGCCCUCGAGCGGAUGCAGGACCGGUGCCUCCGGCGGUACCCGGGCCUUUACGGGUCCGACGACCGGGUUCAGGCGUGCAUGGCCGAGCUCGGCGUCCCUCUCACUCGAGAACCGGGUUUUCACCAGUUUGACGUGUACGGGAACGUAUUUGGGCUCCUAGCUGCUCACCCGAUCACGCCAUUGAUCUCGCUCCACCACUUGGACGUGAUCGAGCCCAUUUUCCCCGAAAAGACCCAAUUCCAAGCCCUGCAAAGGCUACGGACUCCGCUCGAACUGGACUCGGCUGCGCUCAUACAGCAGUCCAUUUGCUACGACCGGACCCGGAGCUGGACCGUGUCCGUCUCCUGGGGCUAUGCGGUCCAGGUAUAUCGUGGCAUCCAUCUGCCCCGGGACGUCGAGACCCCCUCGAGAACGUUCCUCCAUUGGUACAAGAGAUCCGACCCGGCCGGGUUCACGUUCAACACCCGGCCCCUGAGCAAGAACCCGUGCGAAAAGCCCUUCGUCUACUUCCUCUCGGAUGCGGUACACGAUGCGGGGACGAAUGCGACGGUCAGCGAGUAUGUCCAGCACGGGUUGCCGAGCCCGGAUUGCAAGUGGAAGAUCGCGGACCCAUCGAGGAUUCGCAGGGUGGAAGUCCACAAGAAGCCGGACCCGCAUUUAUGGGACAAGGCUCCUAGAAGAAAUUGCUGCAUGGUGUUGCCGACGAAGAAGAAGUCCACCAUGGAAGUGAAUGUGGGAGAAUGCAGAGAGGACGAGAAUGUCGAAUUGAGGUGACGUAGCUGGGAGAAGAUGAUCGUUUUCGAGUCCUCGGCGCUCUACACAGCACACCGGAUUGAAUCUGACUGCAGUUUAUUACACGAACCUCACUCGAUCGAAGAGAAACCCUUGCUGUCACGAGGAGCUAAGAGCAUAGUCACUUGAGUUUUUUGCCCAGAAAAAAACUGCAUAUGUUGUGUCUCCAGUCUCUACAAACAGCAUUAGUUCCGAUAUCAUCCAAAGUAUAUCGAAAUUUGAUGAAUGUGGGUUAAUUUUGCUUAAUUCCGGAGCCUUCGAGCUGAUUUUCAGAGUAAUAAUACCGCGAGUUCUCAAAUUUCCGUUCA